AUGUCUUCCGUGUCAGAAAACGAAAGUCAGACUGAUCAGGCCCCUGCUCAUCUUACCGCUCCUCUUACGAUUGAAGAGUUCUCUGAGGCAGAUUACGAAAGCGAGCCCGACCAAAGCCCUACUCACCUUACCCCUGAGCAGUUGGAGCUGUGGUUCGAGUUGACAGACUGGAUCAUCAACGCCCAAGGGCCUACUUACCAUGAGAAACUGGGAAUCCCCCCGGAAGUAGGAUUCGAGGUCGCGAAAACACUGUGUGAUAAAGGCGAUGUUGAAGCCCGCAAUCCGACCGUCGAGUACAAUCCCAUAGUGCAUCGAUUAUCUAUCAGAAUGUGUUCAAACGCUCGUGCCGGUCUGUCUAGUUGGGUGAUCAAUGGACAGUUCGACGCCGUUCGUUCUGGGUUUUUUACCAUGGACGAACUGAGAGACACAAUGCUUAUGCUUAACGCUGGCAUCUACAGAUUCUCUGCCCCGUAUGAGAAGGCCUACAAAGAUGGUGGUGGUUAUUUUCCCAGCAAUAACUUCCGCUUCCCUUGUAUUGCUUUCGAGAGUGGACAUGAGCCGUGGGCUAACCUCCUAGAGGUUAAGGAUAUUUGGCUGCAGGGUGGAGCUCCAUACGUGAACGCUGUCCUUGUGGUACAGUGGGAUGAGAGAGACAAUGGAGAGGUAGCUGGGUCCCUCGAGUUACAUCGCAGGAACGGCAUCGUUGGUUCUCGAAUUCAAGUCUUUCCCGUUCCAGAGCCCGGCACCCCUCACGCUGCCCAAUUCGUGACUUUUUAUCGGCGAGACUUUUAUCCUGAGGGAAAGGUGCCCGAUGGGAGAAACCCAGACGACGUUUGGAAUUGGGAAUUAGACGAAUUCCGAAGAUACGCUACUAUGACCAUGGGAAUAACCAACCUCAGGCCAGCAGAAGCUUGA